AGAGCGAAUUCGGAUCCGUUCCGAGAUCAUCGGAGAGCCUUUUCGAUUUAUCAAACCCAUUUACCGAGGUUUUGACAAAAAUGAAUGAGAAAGAACUGCUCCAUGGGCUGAACGACCGUUUCGCCGGAUUCAUAGAGAAGGUGCGUCAUUUGGAGCAUGAAAAUGAAUUGUUUGAGAGGGAAAUCGAGGAAAUCAAACUAAAGGCACAGUCCCCUGCGUCUCUGGCCCAGGAGCACGAGCCGGAGCUUAUGGACCUGAGGAACCUAGUUCAUGACAUCUCCCUUCAGAAGCGUCAGAUCGAGAUAGAGCAUCAGAACCUGGAGGAAGAUUUCCUCAUCUUGAGAGACAAGUAUGAGCAGGAGGCACGUGACCGCUCGAACGCAGAGAACGGUAUCCUUGUGCUGAAAAAGGACGCCAACGAUGCAUACCUUGCCAAACUUCAGUUGGACAACAAAGCGCAGUCUUUGGUGGACGAGAUCCACUUCCUGAAGAACAACCAUGAGGACGAGAUAUCAGAAAUGGUGGCCCAGAUCCAAGAGGCUCAAGUAACGGUCAAGGCAUACAACUUUGGCAAACCUGACAUCACAGAGGCUCUCCGGGACAUCCGUGUGCAGUUAGAAGGUCACGCCACUUCCGACAUUCAGCAGGCCGAGGAGGGCUUCCGUGUCCAGUUCGCAAAGUUAACCAAAGCGGCAGAAAGUAACAGGGAGGCGUUGAAGGCAACCCAACAGGAGAUCCAGGAGAAUAGAAGGCACCUGCAGGGGAAGACAAUUGAACUGGACUGUGGUAAAGGAAUGAGAGAGGCCCUGGAAAAACAACUACAAGAGCUGGAGGAGCGUCACUAUGCAGAAUUGAUUCAUUACCAGGACACUAUCAGGCAGCUGGAGAAUGAGCUGACCAAUGCUAAACUAGACAUGUCUGGCUACCUGAGAGAGAACCAGGACCUGCUGAAUGUCAAAAUGGCUUUGGAUGUGGAGAUUCUCUCUUACAGGAAACUCCUGGAGGGUGAGGAGUCCCAUCUGUACACCAUCUCUGACACCCACAUCUCCAUGCCCUGCAUCUACCGCCAGUCCCCCGUCUACACCCUGCCUUGCCUGGCCCGGCAGGGAGGGCCCACACGCAGGUCUGAACCCCAGUACAAGUUUGUUGAGGAGAUCAUCUCUGAGACCACCAGAGACAUGGAGAUGUCCGAGAUUGAGGAGAAAGGCUCCGAGGAGACGGUCGGGGGAGAGGGAGACAAGUUGAGACAGAAGCAGGGAGAAGAGAGUGACAAAGCUGAGAGGAGAAGUGGGGAACAGGUGGAUGAGCAUAAAGAGAAAGCUAGAGGUAAAGUGGAUGUUGAAGUGGACGCCCCGGAGGAAGAGGGUGAACAGGAGGAAGAGUCUAAGAGACAGCAGAUGGUCACAUCAGCAGAGGUCGAGGUAAAUGGAGAUGGAGUUAGCCCUAGUGAGGGAGAAAAUGGAGAGGAGGGAGAUGAUGAAAGAGAGGAGGAAAAGGGGGGUGAGCCAGAUGCAAUCAAAAAGACAGAGGACAUUGACAGAGGUGAAAAUACACAAAGUGAAGUCAAAUCAGCUGAGGCCACCAGUGAGGGAGAGAAGGAAAAACUGGACACAACAGAGAAGCUAGACAGCGAGAUAAACGAGACAUUAGAAAAAGAUGACACCCCAAAACAAGGCAAAUCCCAACUAGAGGUUCCCAUGAAUGGUGACAUCUCAACAGAACCCAAAACGUCAGAGUCAGAGGAUAGCAAAACAGGUUCAAUAAAGGGUGAACCACAGGUCCCCACAGAGGACAUCUCCAAAGAACCCAAAAAGGUGUCAGAGGAGAGAAAAAUAGAAAGCCCUUUACAAGAGAAAAAAGAGGUAGAUCUGAAAGAGGAGAGUGCCCCAACAGAGCAACAACAAGAUAGCCCAAAAGAAAGUCCCAUCAAAGAGGGGAAAAAGGUAGAUCUGACAGACCAGAGUGCCCCAACACUGGAGCAGAAACCUGAUCAGAAGGAGCACAGAGAGUCAGACCAACCUCAAGAGGCAGAGAGUGCUGUGACAACACAAGAAGAGGAUCUCCCUGAGCCCACAGAGAAGGACAUGGAAUCCCCUGAUAACACUGCAGAGCUCAACACCAGUUCAACCAAGGAGACAGUGGAGCAGGUGAAGUCACCUGAUGAUUCUGGUGUAAAAACGACACAAGAUGAGAGAACAGUAGGAGGUAAAAUGCCAGACAGAAUUCUCAGCACAACAAGUGAGUGUAAGGAAGACCUUGUGCAAAAGAUUCCUAAAAAGGAGGUGGGUCCGACAGAGCAAAAAGUGAGCAGCAAGGAUGAUAGUGUAAAAAUUGUUGGCAGUGAAAAGGUCACAAAAGAUGUCUCAAUGGGUGAGGAAAAAAGGAAAGAAUCUGAGACAUCCCCCAAACCCGACCCAACUGUCACCCCUAAAGAAGAAACUUCCAUUAAACCAGAACCAGCAGUCACUGCAAAAGAAGAAACGUCCCCAAAACCAGAACUAGCAGUCACCACUAAAGAAGAAACUUCCCCAAAACCAGAAAUAGCAGUCACCACUAAAGAAGAAACGUCCCCAAAACCAGAACUAGCAGUCACGGCUAAAUUAGAAACUUCCCCAAAACCAGAACUAGCAUUCACCACUAAAGAAGAAACGUCCCAAAAACCAGAACCAGGAGUCAUCCCAAAGGUAGAUACUUCCCCAAAACCAAUCUCAACCAUCACCCCUAAAGAAGAAACGUCCCCAAAACCAGAAUCAGCAGUCACCCCUAAAGAUGACACAUCCCCUAAACUGGACCCCACUGUCACUCCUAAAGAAGAAACAACACCGCAUCCAGAGCCAACUGUCACCCCUAAAGAGGAGACAUCUCCUAAACCAUACCCCACUGUCACCCCUAAAGAGGAAACACCCCCAAAACCAUUCCUGACAGUCGCCACUAAAGAGGAGACAUUCCCUAAACCAGAACUAUCAGCCACCGCUAAAUUAGAAACUUCCCCAAAACCAGAUCUAGCAGUCACCCCUAAAGAACAAACUUCCCCAGAGCCAGAACCAGCAGUCACCCCUAAAGAAGAAACGUCCCAAAAACCAGAACCAGGAGUCAUCCCAAAAGUAGAAACUUCACCCAAACCAGAACUAGCAGUUACCCCUAAAGUAGAAACGUCCCCAAAACAAAGCUCAACCAUCACCCCUAAAAAAGAAACGUCCCCAAAACCAGAACCAGCAGUCGCCCCUAAAGAUGACACAUUCCCUAAACCGGACCCCACUGUCACUCCUAAAGAAGAAACAACCCCGCAUCCAGAGCCAACUGUCACCCCUAAAGAGGAGACAUCCCCAAAACCAUUCCCGACAGUCGCACCUAAAGAGGAGACAUUCCCUAAACCAGAACUAUCAGUCACCGCUAAAUUAGAAACUUCCCCAAAACCAGAUCUAGCAGUCACCACUAAAGAACAAACUUCCCCAAAAGCAGACUCAACCAUCACCUUUAAAGAAGAAAUUUCCCCAAAUCCAGAACCAACAAUCACCCCUAAAGAAGAAAAUUCCCCAAAACCAGAACUAGCAGUCACCACUAAAGAAGAAACUUCCCCAAAACCAGAAAUAGCAGUCACCACUAAAGAAGAAACGUCCCCAAAACCAGAACUAGCAGUCACGGCUAAAUUAGAAACUUCCCCAAAACCAGAACUAGCAUUCACCACUAAAGAAGAAACGUCCCAAAAACCAGAACCAGGAGUCAUCCCAAAGGUAGAUACUUCCCCAAAACCAAUCUCAACCAUCACCCCUAAAGAAGAAACGUCCCCAAAACCAGAAUCAGCAGUCACCCCUAAAGAUGACACAUCCCCUAAACUGGACCCCACUGUCACUCCUAAAGAAGAAACAACACCGCAUCCAGAGCCAACUGUCACCCCUAAAGAGGAGACAUCUCCUAAACCAUACCCCACUGUCACCCCUAAAGAGGAAACACCCCCAAAACCAUUCCUGACAGUCGCCACUAAAGAGGAGACAUUCCCUAAACCAGAACUAUCAGCCACCGCUAAAUUAGAAACUUCCCCAAAACCAGAUCUAGCAGUCACCCCUAAAGAACAAACUUCCCCAGAGCCAGAACCAGCAGUCACCCCUAAAGAAGAAACGUCCCAAAAACCAGAACCAGGAGUCAUCCCAAAAGUAGAAACUUCACCCAAACCAGAACUAGCAGUUACCCCUAAAGUAGAAACGUCCCCAAAACAAAGCUCAACCAUCACCCCUAAAAAAGAAACGUCCCCAAAACCAGAACCAGCAGUCGCCCCUAAAGAUGACACAUUCCCUAAACCGGACCCCACUGUCACUCCUAAAGAAGAAACAACCCCGCAUCCAGAGCCAACUGUCACCCCUAAAGAGGAGACAUCCCCAAAACCAUUCCCGACAGUCGCACCUAAAGAGGAGACAUUCCCUAAACCAGAACUAUCAGUCACCGCUAAAUUAGAAACUUCCCCAAAACCAGAUCUAGCAGUCACCACUAAAGAACAAACUUCCCCAAAAGCAGACUCAACCAUCACCUUUAAAGAAGAAAUUUCCCCAAAUCCAGAACCAACAAUCACCCCUAAAGAAGAAAAUUCCCCAAAACCAGAACUAGCAGUCACCCCUAAAAAUAUAACAUUCCUUAACCCUGAGCCCAGUGUCACUCCUAAAGAAGAAACAACCUCUCAACCAGGGCCAACUGUCACUCCUAAAGAGGAGACACCCCCUAAACCGUACCCCACUAUCAACCCUAAAGAAGAAACUUCCAUUAAACCAGAACCAGCAGUCACCCCUAAAGAAGAAGCUUCCCCAAAAUCAGAUUUAACCAUCACCCCUAAAGAAGAAACUUCCCCAAAACCAGAUCUAGCAGUCACCCCUAAAGUAGAAACUUCACCAAAACCCGAACUAGCAGUCACGGCUAAAGUAGAAACUUCCCCAAAACCAGUACUAGCAGUCACACCUAAAGAUGAAAUUUCCCCAAAACCAGAACCAGCAGUCACCCCUAAAAAUGAAACAUUCACUAACCCAGACCCCACUGUCACUCCUAAAGAAGAAACUUCCCCAAAACCAGAACCAGCAGUCACCCCUAAAGUAGAAACUUCCCCAAAACCAGAACCAGCAGUCACCGCUAAAGUAGAAACUUCUCCAAAGCCAGCAGUCACCACUAAUGUAGAAAUUUCCCUAAAACCAGAGCACACUGUCACUCCUAAAGAAGAAACAACCCCGCAACCAGAGCCAACUGUCACUCCUAAAGAGGAGACUUCCCCUAAACCGUACCCCACUGUAUCCACUAAAGAAGAAACAUCCCCGCAACAGGAACCAACAGUCACCCCUAAAGAGGAGACAUCCCCUAAACCAUAUCCCACUGUCACCACUAAAGAAGAAACAUCCCCUAAACCGUUCCCCACUAUUGCCCCUAAAGAGGAGACAUCCCCUAAACCAGAACGAGCAGUCACCACUAAAGUAGAAACUUCCCCAAAACCAGAACUAGCAGUCACAACCAGAGAAGAAACUUCCCCAAAGCCAGAACCAGCAGUCACCGCUAAAGAAGAAACUUCCACAAAAUCAUCUCUAGCAGUCACCAUUAAAGAACAAACUUCCCCAAAAGCAGACUCAACCAUCACCUUUAAAGAAGAAACAUCCCCAAAUCCAGAACCAACCAUCACCCCUAAAAAAGAAACGUCCCAAAUACCAGAACCAGCAGUCGCCCCUAAAGAUGACACAUUCCCUAAACCGGACCCCACUGUCAACCCUAAAGAAGAAACUUCCAUUAAACCAGAACCAGCAGUCACCCCUAAAGAAGAAGCUUCCCCAAAACCAGAUUCAACCAUCACCCCUAAAGAAGAAACUUCCCCAAAACCAGAUCUAGCAGUCACCCCUAAAGUAGAAACUUCCCCAAAACCAGAACCUGCAGUCACAGCUAAAGUAGAAACUUCCCCAAAACCAGUACUAGCAGUCACACCUAAAGAUGAAAUUUCCCCAAAACCAGAACUAGCAGUCACCCCUAAAGAAGAAUCUUCCCCAAAACCAGAAACAACUGUCACUCCUAAAGAGGAGACAUCCCCUAAACCGUACCCCACUGUCACCGCUAAAGAAGAAACAUCCCCGCAACAGGAACCAACAGUCACCCCUAAAGAGGAGACAUCCCCUAAACCAUAUCCCACUGUCACCACUAAAGAAGAAACAUCCCCUAAACCGUUCCACACUAUUGCCCCUAAAGAGGAGACAUCCCCUAAACCGCAUCCCACUGUCACCACUAAAGAAGAAACAUCCCCAAAACCGUUCCCCACUGUUGCCCCUAAAGAGGAGACAUCUCCUAAACCAGAACGAGCAGUCACCACUAAAGUAGAAACUUCCCCAAAACCAGAACUAGCAGUCACAACCAGAGAAGAAACUUCCCCAAAGCCAGAACCAGCAGUCACCGCUAAAGAAGAAACUUCCACAAAAUCAUCUCUAGCAGUCACCGCUAAAGUAGAAACUUCCCCAAAAACAGUAAUAGCAGUCACACAUAUAGAAGAAAGUUCCCCAAAACUAGAACCAGCAGUCACCCCUAAAGAAGAAACUUCCCCAAAACCAGAACCAGCAGUCACCCCUAAAGUAGAAACUUUCCCAAAACCAGACCCAACCAUCACCCCUAAAGAGGAAAUAUCCCCUAAACCAGACUCAACUCUCACCCCAGAAUUAACGACCACCCCUAAACCAUACUCAACCCUCACCCCAGAAUCAACAACCACCCCUAAACCAGACUCAACCCUCACCCCAGAAACAACGACCACCCCUACAGAAGAGAGUGAAAUGAUGGGCAGUGGUGACAAAGCUAAGACAAUCACACCACCAGAGGAACAGAUGCCUGCAGUUGCAGAGAGCAAGGACUCACACAGGGGGGCACCAGAAAGCAACACAAUUCAAGAGAAACCAGAGGAAAGUCCAAGGGCCACUGCCGAAGCUACCGGGGAUGCCUUAGACAGUCCGUCAGGCUCCCGCGCCUCAGCCGAUUCGACUGUUUCCCAUGCCUCAGCCGGCUCGACUUGGUCCCGCGCUUCAGCUGGCUCUUCAGGUUCCCGUGCCUCAUCAGAGGUGACCGGCCUGCUCCUGGUACUCGGGACCGUUCCUCUGGUCGGCGUCCUGCUUCUUGAGCCCCGCUUCAGGGAGGGGACAGUAUUAGUUAUCUUCCUCAUGUCCAGAUGCUAA